AUGGGUAAGCAACGCCGUCAAGCUGACCCAGUGUUUUCCACCCACCGGGCAUUCUACAAGGAGAUCCCCAGAACGGCAGAUGUCAUGUUGGUGGAGAAUGUUCCGGAGUAUGGGACUGAAGCACGCAAUCUAAGCGAUUAUGAGAAGCUCAAGGGCUGGGUGCAAUAUCCGGACCUUACCCAGUACUGUGCCAACGAGCGGGGACGGGGUGAACUGCAAGAUGGGUCCCUCCAGACGCUGACAACCAACAGCUCACUCAUAUACUCCAAGGCACACAAAAGGUUCCUGUCCGCGCAAGAGAUGGUCGCAACGCACAUAUUGCCGACUUGCUCCGAGCAUGCCAGGAAAUGUAAGGCUCCAAUCGUGGAGCUUGAACAUAUGCCGGAAAGUCAUGCUUGCCGAAUGGCAGGCAACACAAUGUCAGUUCCUUGUGUGGCGGCUCUUUUGUUGACCGCCAUUAUCAACUUAAAGUUGGUCUGA